AUGUCACGCCCGAUUACAGAAAGUCGAAUGGCUUCAUCGACCAGUUUCUUAUUCUUACCGCCAAAUAUACUUCAAUCAACAACAAUGUCGACAACAUUCAAAGCAAAGCGACGUUGUUGUUCUUCCUUUUUUAUUACUGAUAUACUCGCAGACCAUAGUCGAUCAUCUUCGCCUGUUCAUAAACUUCCAUUAACAUCCAUCAUUGAUGAAGAUGACACAACGUUACAUGACAGUGAGGAUACCGGUAGGAGAUGUUUACUUGACCAAUGGCGAUUUUUCACCAAUCAGACGAAUUUAGAUUCAGAUGUGGAUGGAGAAAGUGGCACAUCCGAUAGUGGACAUGGAAUUCAUCUAAAUUCGUUGAAAACCAACAAAAAACCACGAAAAGCUCGUACGGCAUUCACUGAUCAACAAUUGAAUUGUUUGGAGAAAAGUUUCGAAAGACAAAAGUAUCUCAGUGUGCAAGAUCGAAUGGAACUUGCUGCACGUUUAAAUUUAUCCGAUACACAAGUGAAAACAUGGUAUCAAAACCGAAGAACGAAAUGGAAACGACAAGCUUCGGUUAGCUUAGAAUUUCUUGAACAACAAGGUAGUUUCGCGGCGGUACAUCGCCUAUUCCAACAACAAGCAAGUAAUAGUAUGGCUAAUACGCAUGCUCCGCUUUGGUAUUCGCCCUAUCUGACAGCGACGACCGCUGCCGAUGCACUGUUUGCAUUUCAACGAAGAUCUUUACUCGAUACGACCAAAUCCGUAUCAGACUCGUCAUCAUCGACAAUUACAAGUCCGAAUAAAUCUGUUUAA